CCAAAAAUAAAUAAAUAAACCAACAACCUACACAGAAAAUCUUCACCAGCUAUGUGAGCUUGGCCUUGUUGUAUUACUUCGCUUCACCACGUCUCGCAGAUUCAUGGUUGCUUUCCUGUUUGCCGUCACUUUUUGUGCAACGUACCUGUCUCCGAUCGUCGGCCAUGCGAGCGGAAAGCUCAAUACCGAGGAAGAGAUGAUGUCUCAUUACAGAGGCAGAAUAAAGUCCAUGUUCUACCAUGCCUACAACAGUUAUUUGGAAAAUGCGUAUCCAUAUGAUGAACUCCGACCUUUGACAUGCGACGGACAGGAUACGUGGGGCAGUUUUUCACUCACUCUCAUUGAUGCCUUGGACACCUUGCUGAUACUGGGAAACCACUCAGAGUUUCAACGGGUGGCCACCUUACUUCAGGACACUGUGGACUUUGACACUGAUGUAAAUGCAUCUGUGUUUGAGACAAACAUACGAGUGGUCGGUGGGCUUCUCUCAGCCCACCUGCUGUCCAAACAGGCUGGGGUGGAUGUAGAGGACGGCUGGCCCUGCUCUGGGCCUUUGCUCCGCCUGGCUGAGGACGCAGCACGCAAACUGCUCCCAGCGUUCCACACACCCACUGGUAUGCCUUAUGGCACCGUGAACCUGCUGAGGGGGGUCAACCCUACUGAGACUCCGGUCACCUGCACCGCCGGGGUGGGCACCUUCAUUCUGGAGUUUUCCACCCUCAGCCGGCUAACUGGCGACCCAGUGUUUGAGGACGUGGCUCGCAAGGCCCUUGGCGCCCUCUGGAAAACCCGCUCUGAUAUUGGCCUGGUUGGGAACCACAUUGAUGUCAUCACUUCAAAGUGGGUGGCACAGGAUGCGGGUAUUGGAGCAGGUGUUGACUCAUAUUUUGAGUACCUCGUGAAGGGUGCCAUAAUGCUGCAAGAUAAGGAACUUAUGAGCAUGUUUCAUGAGUUUGAUAAGUCCAUAAAGAACUACACUAAGUUUGAUGACUGGUACUUGUGGGUGCAGAUGCAUAAGGGCACUGUCUCCAUGCCUGUCUUUCAGUCUCUGGAGGCAUUCUGGCCUGGCCUGCAGAGUAUGAUAGGGGAUAUUGACAGUGCCACAAGGACCUUCCAUAACUACUACACAGUUUGGCGGCAGUUUGGUGGGCUUCCAGAGUUCUACAGCAUUCCUCAGGGUUACACAGUGGACAAGCGAGAGGGAUAUCCUUUACGGCCCGAGCUGAUAGAAAGUGCCAUGUACCUGUACAAGGCUACAGGCGACCCAACAUUUCUGCAGCUGGGACAGGAUGCAGUGGAAUCCAUAGAAAAAAUCAGCCGUGUUAAGUGUGGCUUUGCCAGUGUGAAGGAUGUGAGGGACCACAAGCUGGACAACCGCAUGGAGUCCUUCUUCUUGGCUGAGACCAUCAAGUACCUUUACCUCCUGUUUGACCCUGACAACUUUCUUCACAACAAUGGCACUACAUUUGAACUCGGAGGUCCACGAGGAGACUGUGUUCUGGGGGCGGGGGGUUAUAUCUUUAAUACGGAGGCGCAUCCUCUUGACCCAGCUGCCCUUCACUGCUGCAGCCAGGUGCAGGAUGAACGCAGCGAGCUACAGGACAUCCUCCUCAGCUUGUCACAACCACAACCACCUCCCGUGGACCAGUCAGAGGAGGCGUCAAGGGAGAGGGCCCCCCCCAGCAUGGGUUCCACAGAAAGCAUAGCCUUAAAGCCUGGAGAGAGAAGGAAAGCACCUGUACUGUCCUGCCCCGUGCAGCCUUUUAGCGCAAGAUUUGCUGUUCUGGGACAAGUUCUUAGGGACAAGACAUGAGGACAUUGUUACUACUGUCUUAGCAGUAGAGCAUGUAACUAAAUUGAGAGGAUAUUAAAUGUUUUUAUAUUUGCCAAUGGGUGGUUUUUAAAAAAAAAAAAAAUUUCACCGCCUGUUUUUUUAAAAAUGUGAAAAGGGCUUAAAGGUUUUAGGCCAUUUAAAAGUGAAACAAAAUCUUGUUACAGAGCAAAAAUGUGGAAGAUUCAUUCAUAUAGAAAAACUAAAAAGAAGAAAAGCAAUUCUAACUACAUGUAACUAAGAUGCAGCUGGUUUAGCUGGUAUUGCAUGAAUGGUAGUAGUUUUGUUUCACACUAAUGGGCCACGGUGGACAGAGUAUGAGCACUGGCCUUAAAAAAAAGCUUUACUCCUCAGGUGAGACAGCAACAUUGGACAGCAAGGGUUCCCAGUGACUGUUCUCCUUCACUGAUUCAUAACCGCAAACUCUUUCAUGCUAAUAGCUGUAGCAUGAACCAAGUGCCUGUUUUUUCCAUUGCUUUCAGGAACAGUAGGCCCAUGGUUGCUUUGAAGAUUUUCCUUCAAGGCCAAUAAGAUUAUCUCAGAGGAAGAUAGCUGAUUAAUAUACCAACAAUCAAGUGUUUUUCUUUUUUUUUUUCUUUUUUUUAAAUUUUAUAUUAGAAUUCUACUACAGCAGGUCUGUACAAUAUUUAAAAGCUCAAUUAUGUAUGUCGGCUUGGGAAGCAUCAAGUAUUUCACAUGCCCCUUGUCUCAUAUGUUCAAGGCAACAGCUUCAGCUGCACCAUUAGUGCCUUAUCAAUAGUCUUGGUCAGUAAGGUCAACUGAACCUAUCAGUUGGCUGCUCAUAUAAAAUAAAGGUUUCAUUUUCAGUUGUUGUAGAGUCCCGGUCUUUUAAAAUGGAAAUUCAAAAUUCAAAAAUUAUAUCUUUUAAAAUAUUUUAAUAGACCUGUUUUGUUGUAUUAACAUAAUUUUUGUUUUGUCUUGUUCUAUUAACAUAAUUUAAAGUUGGUACUUUUAACAUUGGCACUAACUGAACAACAAAUGGGUAUCCCACUGUGCUAAGGAGAUUACACUAUAGAAACUGAGAUACAAAUUAAAACUUAAUUCCUGGAGUUAAAGUGCAAGCAGUAAAUCUAAACACACAUGAACUCAAAUAAGAUCAAUAAACAAAUCUAAAAACUAAUGAAUGAUAAAGUACUUAAUGUACUUUGGUGUUAAUAAACUGAGGAGAAGUAAAAACUGUAUUUCUGUAAAAUUCUCUACUGUUGGAGGUCCUGUUUGCUGUGAUGCCAUAUUGUUUGAGAACUUCACUCUUUUUAACAGUUAUUAAUGUUAUCAACCUUUAUUAAUAAACCAAUUUGGCCAUUGCUUCA